AUGAAUACUUUAAAAGAGCUCGAGGAGAAUAUCUCCCAGGUCGAGUAUGACUCGUUGAAGAAGGUCUUUCAAAAUCUUGAUUCCCGCAAGGACGGGCGGCUGGACACGCAGGAAAUUCUGGACGCCGUCCUGCGGUUGGGGUACCGAUCAACUUUGCGCGAGAUUGAGCUGAUGAUCUGGGAAGUGGACGAUGACCUGGAUCAGCAUGUCUCCUGGGAGGAAAUAUCCAUGUGCACAAGAUAGAACUUAUCCCCCCCGCGGCGCCCGCGGUUCGCUCCCCUCAUAAGAAAGUAAUUCGGAAGGCGAGGCAUGAACUACAGCAACAAAGUUUAUUCCGCAUUAAGUACGAUAGUUCGGAUAUUUAUUUUUCGGAACAGAACAAUUAUGUGGUCUAGUAAAAAUCGGGAUCGAUUUUAUUUGGGUUCCUUCUUCCGAAACUACGUCGAUGAGCGCUGCUUCAAUCAAGAGGAUGUUGUGGAGUGGAUCUGCAUUCUAAUUUGAAUGACAUCAAAUGAGGCGAGGAACUACGAGGCGGGAGAAGGUUCUUGCACUCUCAUAGAUGUUCCUCGUAAUGUACCAGCGCUGCAUCAGCGAUCGCACGGGUCUGGAGCCGCGGGGUCUCUUCAACCUGGUUCAGUUUCUCAUGUACGAUAAGGACUAUCAAAUGUAAUGCACGUACGUCUCGGUCUGCAAUGGAGCAGGGAAUUGAUUUCCAAUGAAGGUCUUUUUUUGCGUGCUACUACCGGCUCCUUGACAGGACCAUGACAACUUUAUUUCCCAGAAGGUUUCUUGCGAAUUCUAAUUAAAUCGUGUUCAGCACGACUAAAAACAAAGAAGCUGACCAGUCAUGACAAUAUUCAUCCAUGCAAGAUUGAUGAAGAUCCCAGGAAUUUCGCAUUACAAAUCCAGCGCCCCACCGACCCAGACUACUAUAUUUGCAAUGCAUAAGGACAACCUCGGUUCCAUUUCUGUGGAGCAAACCCUACAGAUCCUGUUCGUGCGCUACGGCCGGGAGAAACUCGACGCGGAAAUCCAAGUACGUAUUGCAAAUGUAGUGUCUGGGUCUGGUACUAGUGUGCAAACUCGUGAACAUGAGUAGGUGUUCACACAUCAAAAUAGAUCUGUCUGGCGUGAUCAGGAUGAGAGACACGGAAUUUCAUGCAGCUAGCAUGGAUAUAAUGCUGGAUGUUGACGUACCUCGCACAAUUUCUCCAGACGGCUCAGACAUCUUGGUCAAUUCGAUAGCACGAAAUUUUCGGCGACGACGGCGAUAAGCAGAGUGGGCGCACGGCUGCUGACGGCCAAGAGAAGCGCAUCACCUUCUCCGAGUACCUUCAGCGGGUGAAUGCGCGGCUGAAAAAAACCCGGAGCGCCAAACCGGAAGUCACAAAAGUGCAGAUCAUCACGAAGGAGCAGGCCGCGGCCGCGAAGAAAAAAACACUCUCCAAGCUCUUCACGUGAAGAAGUAGAUGAGGUGGUUGAGCCGACAGCGUAAACUCCUGGCCUGGUGCCGUGGCAGCCUUUGUGAAAAAGUAGAGAGGACAGCACAUGUACAUGAAGAAGAACCGAGUAUAAAAUAAAAUGUACAACAAGUAGAUCCAAAUCUUUCCGCAACGAGCUUGUUAGUGACAAAUAAAAAUAUAAUUGUCGAUAUUCACAACUCAAUAGAAGAGAAAUGAAAACAAAUGCAGUACGGGUACACCGCCGAUACGACGUUUUUAAUCAUGCAGUGCUGCUGCACGAUGAAGUACAUAAUAAAGUGAGCUUCUCCACAUAAAAAAGUACCAGGUCAUACUACCUAAGAACAGUUAGAGACGCCACGGUAAAUAAGCGAAAGGACUCCGUCUUGUGCUAUUCAUCGGACAGCUGCCGGGUGCUUUUGCCACAUUCAGG